GGAAUGUCCGUGGAUGAGAAACCUGAAGCCCCCAUGUAUGUUUAUGAGUCAACAGUUCAUUGUGCCAAUAUCCUCCUCUGCCUGAAUGACCAACGCAAGCAGGAUAUCCUGUGCGAUGUGACCGUCCUGGUGGAGGGCAAGGAGUUUCGUGGACAUCGGGCCGUUCUGGCCGCCUGCAGCGCCUAUUUCCUCCAAGUGUUGGUAGGUCAGGCAGAGAAUGGCUUAACAGUCAGCCUUCCUGAACAGGUCACUGCAAGAGGAUUCGCUCCAUUGUUGCAGUUUGCCUACACUGCUAAGCUAUUGCUCAGCAAAGAAAAUAUUCAAGAGGUCAUACGGUGUGCCAAAUUCCUGUGCAUUCACAACCUAGAGGACUCGUGCUUUCGUUUUCUGGAAGCUCAGCUGCGUAGGGAGGACAGCUUGCUGCACUGUCACAAUGUGGCCGCUGAUGUCAUCAGCUCAAAGGAAGAAAGCAUGCAGUCAGAGGCCAAAGGCAUACGACACGCUGAUAUUCUUGAUUCCUUUCAAUGCCGUGGGGAAGAUCGGCUUGCAAAGUCUAUAACUAGUAAUGUCACAGAUGGCCGAUUGGACUCUGAAAGAUUCACGGGAUCAGAUCUGCCACGAUGCCCCAAGUAUAGGAAAUAUCAAUGGGCUUGCAUCAAGCACAAUAAUGAUUUCCCUUCACACACCAGUACCUCAGGUUUUCCUAGCACUGUUGAGGGGAGCAGCAUAAGUGAGGGUACACCAGAUCAAGGAAGCCCUUUAGCACAGAUCAAAGUUGAACCGCAUGCAGACGAGGACGCCAUCACAUUGUGCCUCUCAGGGGAUGAGCAAGAAAUUCGAAAUGAAGAUGGCGUGUUAGCAAUGGAAAUGGAUAAUCCCACAUCCACAGAAAUAAUCAAGAGAACCAAGUCGGCCUCCUGCAUCCGAGCUUUAUUCAGAAAAGGAGUGGAACACCACAACCCGCCGAGUACUUCGCAGCAGCUAUUUGCCAAUAGGCUUCCCUGCCCCCAGGAAAAAGUUCACUCUCAGGGAGAUCACAAAAGAGACUUAACAGGUUUCGCUGGGGAGUUGAGUUUGUCGUUAAUAUCCCCAAAAAACAAAGACAAUUUUACUGCAGGUCUGUCGCUCAAGUCCACAUCCUGUGAUGACAUUUGCAAACAGGAAGUUGAGCUCGAUCGACGAAGUGUCAUAUUUUCCUCAGGAGCCCGUAAUCACCUCGGAACCCCGGCGCAUUCCUACCCCGGUGGGAAUCCUUUUGAGAAUGAGCUUUCUGAGCAUGUGCCAAACGGGAUGUAUCCUGGAGUUAGUCAGUCUCUUCCAACCUCCCAGGGCUUUUCUCCCGGCGCCACCUGCGCCGAGUCCCAGCUACUGUGCCGCCCACGGCCAAACACUAGCUGCCCGGUUCCAAUCAAAGUUUGCCCACGCUCACCACCUUGUGAGACACGUACCAGGACAUCCAGCUCUUGUUCGUCGUACUCGUAUGCAGAGGAUGGCAGUGGUGGUUCUCCGUGCAGCCUUCCUCAAUUUGAGUUUUCUUCCUCACCUUGCUCCAACAUGGCCCGCUGCCUCAAUGUUGAUCCGCAAGAACAAAGUGUAGGGGAUGCUCUAUUUAAUCAGGGGCAACCCAAGAUCAAAUUUGAACAGUCCUAUGGCACUAAUUCCAGUGAUGAGUCAGGUUCUUUUUCAGAGGGAGACAGCGAAUCAUGCGCUGCACAAGAGGGUGGACCAGAGGUGAAACUCCCUUUUCCUGUUGAUCAAAUCACAAAUCUUCCACGGAAUGACUUCCAAACGUUGGUGAAAAUGCACAAACUGACCUCAGAACAGCUUGAGUUCAUCCAUGACGUGAGAAGAAGGAGUAAGAAUCGCAUCGCUGCACAACGCUGCCGCAAGCGAAAGCUCGACUGUAUCCUGAAUCUUGAAUGUGAGAUACGAAAACUGGUGUGUGAAAAGGAGAAGCUGCUUACGGAGAGGAACCAACUGAAGGCUUGUAUGGGAGAACUAUGGGAGAACUUUUCCUGCCUAUCACAGGAGGUGUGCAGUGACGUCCAGAUGAGCCCUGAACAGAUUCAGUCGUUGCACCACUACUGCCCAGUCCUACGACCCAACAAUUCUACUGCCAGCAAUCACGCCGCCUACGAUUUAAAGCCUUCUAACAGACUUAACAUCACCAGCAUCAAUCUUACUGCCCGUUUGGAAUCCGAAACGCCAACAACAAACAUUCCUAGUUCAACUGGUGCUUUGGAAGUGGACUCGGAGGGAAACAAGGAAGACAAAGCUAUGGACAGCCAAUACAUCAGCCUGUACACAGAUUUAGGGCUGACUGACGAAAAAUAUGGUCACCAGACAGUAACGGUUGAUUUCUGCCAGGAAAUGACCGAUAAAUGUACAACUGAUGAGCAGCCUCGGAAGGACUGUACUAAGUGA